GAUUAUUUUCGUACAUGGAGUCCGGGUAAACCAUUUGAUCAAGCUUUAGAUCCGGCUAAAGAUCCAUGUUUAAAGAUGAAAUGUAGUCGCCAUAAGGUCUGUGUUGCACAGGAUCAACAAACUGCUGUUUGCAUUAGUCACCGAAGGCUUACACACAGUAUGAAAGAGGCUGGUUUAGGCCAUAAACAGUGGAGGGGUGGUCCCAUUUCAUCAAACUGCAAGCAGUGUCCAGUAGUUUAUACCAAUCCUGUUUGUGGAUCAGAUGGUCACACGUAUUCUUCUCAGUGCAAAUUAGACUAUCAAGCCUGUGUCUCAGGAAAACAAAUCUCAGUGAAAUGCGAAGGACGUUGCCCUUGCCCUUCUGACAAAUCCACAAACUCAGGCAGAAAUGAUAGGAGAGUGUGCAGUGACCUGGAAUUCAGGGAGGUUGCAAACAGAUUGAGAGACUGGUUUAAGGCACUUCAUGAAAGUGGAAUUCAAAAUAAGAAGACUAGGAUUGUUCAAAGGCCUGAAAGAACCAGAUUUGAUACCAGCAUUUUGCCAAUUUGCAAAGACUCCCUUGGCUGGAUGUUUAAUAGGCUUGAUACAAACUAUGACCUGUUGUUGGACCAGUCAGAACUUGGAAGCAUUUACCUUGACAAGAAUGAGCCAUGCACCAAGGCGUUCUUCAAUUCUUGUGACACAUACAAGGACAGUUUGAUAUCUAACAAUGAGUGGUGCUACUGCUUCCAAAGACAGCAAGACCCACCUUGCCAGACAGAACUCAGCAACAUUCAGAAGCAGCAAGGAGGAAAGAAGCUCCUAGGGCAGUACAUCCCCUUAUGUGAUGAAGAUGGCUAUUACAAACCAAGUCAGUGCCAUGGAAGUGUAGGGCAGUGCUGGUGUGUUGACAGAUAUGGUAAUGAGGUAACAGGAUCCAGAACAAAUGGUGCGGCAGAAUGCUCUAUCGAUUUAGAGACUUCAGGUGAUUUUGCCUCUGGUGAUUUCCAUGAAUGGACAGAUGAUGAAGAUGAUGAAGAUGAAAUAAUGAAUGAUGAAGACGAAAUUGAAGAUGAUGAUGAAGAUGAAGGAGAUGAUGAUGUUGAUGACGAUGAUGAUCAUGAUGGAUAUAUUUGA